UGUUGCACAGACAGUAGCUAUUUAAAUUUGUACUCAUUCUAUUUAGCUUUUCCGUAUCUUCGUUAAAUUUAUAAAGAUGAAGGUCUGCAUCAUUUUGGCCGCUUUGUGCAUCGCCGCCGUACAGUCGGGAAUCGUGGAUCACACAAGAUGUGGAGGUACCGGCAUGAUGAGAGAGAUGAGAAUCCAAGACUGCGAGGGAGCUAUUGCCGUUAUGACGCCAGGCAAACCAUACGCUUGUGAGGGUGACAUCAUCACAAGCCGACCCGCUGCAGCGUUACGAUUCAAAGUGACCGCCAUUUAUCUUGGUUUCCCCGUCAUCAUUAUUGAUACCGUCCUCGAGGGCUCGUCCGUCCAACCGGGGGAGGCAGUCACCCUCCGUUACACAAUUGUUCCAAACGACAUCCUGUCCGGAAACACGCUACCCGUCAAUUCCGAAAUCUCCAACGAUGAGACGGCCCUGAUCGAAGUUUGCGCUACUGUUCAAGUCCGAGUCGAAUAAGUCUGUUUGUUAAGAUUUUCACAGUUUAAUUUUGAAGAUAUUAAAUAUAAAUUUCCAGUGACAUGACAUUACA